AUGUUAUUAAAACGAAAUGCUGAUACUGAUCAUUCCACACUUGUAAUGUCUAUGCAAUUUCACGCAAUUGAAUUGAAAAUUCUGAAAGAUUUUGCGCUUGCAACAAUGAGACUUCCGAACCAGAAAGAAGUGGCGGUUGUAGCUGUUCGACAGUUGUUAGCGAAUAUAUUGUACAUAGAAAUUAGGAUUGGCCCGUAUCAUUUGACAGAUCCACCGUACCAGUCAAUUACGAAUUCCAAAUUCAAAAACACCGCGCUGUUGUCAUGCUCCAAGGAUAUCCGUUGUCAGGAUUGCAUCCCUUGCAAAAGCGGAUUCAUUCAGCUCAGUUAUAUCAGUUUGUCCAGUGCCCCACUAGCUGAUUCAGAACAAUCAUAUAUGUCAGCUGCUGUACGAUUCGACAAAACGGAAAAAUGGCCGGAUAAAUUAUUAAGAAAAUUGUCUUUCACAGAAACAAACAUGCAGAAUUUUGAUAGCAUUGCAAAGAUCAAGGAACGCUUAUUACAAAGCGCCAAAAAACAUCAUUUAUCACCUGCUCAGUUCAAUAUUGCUAUUUACAAGGAUGCUCUUGUUAGUGGACACAAUGUUUAUCGUAACAAACAUGGUGUCGGUUUGCUUGAAGCCAACAGUGAACUUGAACGGAUAGCUGAAAUGUGGGCAGAACGUUUAGCUAGCAAAGCGGAUUGCUUGAUACACGACCCAUCAAAAAGGUUUGGAGAAAACUUAUUCUACUACGCGACAAAUUUAUUGCCAGACGAAGAAACAAUGGCACUAAUGACUGUACAGAGCUUCUAUGUUGAAGCACAUGGAUAUAAUUAUAAAACGCAUCAUCACUUGGAUUACCACCGCACUGGACACUUUACUCAACUUGUAUGGAAGUCCACAACACAAGUGGGUGUUGGCGUAGCAAUGCGAAACUUCAGUGGACGCCGUGUUAACAAAUGUCAGCCUGAUUUCCCGUCUACACUCAUUUAUGUUGUUGUUAAGUAUGACCCACCCGGAAAUGUACUUGAUAAGAGAAAUUAUGACGACAAUGUUUUGCCACCCAUAGAGUAA